AUGUCCUCCACUCGUAGCCCCUCGCCCAGCGGCACGGAGAGAUCCACCGCUACUGACAUCUCGUCCGAUGCCACCAGCAUCGUUGAAGCGGUCAACGACCUGCACACCGAUGACGACGCCAUCGUGCGCGACCAGACCAUCCAGGACGUGCUCAGCGGCUCGCGCAUCCUCAUCACGGGCGCAGCCGGCUUUGUCGGUGCCGCGCUCCUCCACCGUCUCCUCGGCGAUGCUUCCUUCAACGUCAAGCAGGUAGUAGCCAUCGUUCGCGGCAAGACAGAGCAGGACGCGCUCAAGCGUCUUCCCAAGUCCGUCCACCACCACACACAGCCCCAGUCCGAAGGCGCUCUGCCAAAGCUCGUCGUCGUCAACGGUGACUGUGCACGCCCCAACUUCGGCCUCGACGAAGCUGAGUUCGAGAAGGUGCGCAAGACGGAGAUCGUCAUCCACUGUGCGGGCGACACUCGCUUCACGCUGCCCAUCUCCAAGGCCUUCGAGUCAAUGGCAGACCUCGCCUACUUCACCGCAAGAUUCUCGCUCCUCACCUGGAACGUAAAGACCCACAUCCACGUAUCCACCACCUUUGUCGGCUGGUACCUCAAAAACGGCUCGCUCGUCAGCGAAUCCCUCACUCCCGAGGGCUGCGGCACACAGGUCGACGAGCAAGCUGAACACGUCAACACCUACUUCCAGGCAAAGACCUACGCCGAGUCCUGCGUCAACUCGCUCUUCACCUCCCAAGUAGGCCGAAAGCUCCACGGCAAGACCUGCAGAAUCGUGCGUCUUGCCACGCUCGGCCCGGCGAUUGACUUCCCCCGCAUCGCUUGGGGUGCUGGCCACCCUUCCAGUCCAGUCUGUGCUGCACUCGCUGCCCAGUGCGCAGACCCCAACAUCAUCUUCCCCAACGCCGGCCUCGACGUUAUCCCCGUCGACAUUGCAGUCAACCAGAUUCUCGCAAUCACCGCAUCCGCCCACGCACUCCAAAAACUCCCCACUUCGCACCGUCUGCACCCCAAGAAUCCUGCCGCUCCCACCAGCAAGCAUCUCGCAGAAGUGCCCUGCUACCACGUCGCCUGCGGUCGUGGCGACGAGGCCCGCAUCCCAAUGACGCUGCUCAACGACGAAAAAGUCAAGAUCGAGGAGCCCUACAUUCCCACCUCCAACCUGCUCAAGGUCUACGAUCCUUUUAUCACGAAGAUCGUCGAAUUCGACGUCGCCCGCACGCGCACCAUCCUCGGUCUUCCUGCACUUGCACCAGACCAACAACGAACGCUCUCCAAGUCGGACCUCGCCGAUCUUCCCCUCAAGCAGGGCUCAGUCAAGCUCGACAUUGUACGCGCUGUUCAGGACAAGUGGGGAAGCGCCGAGCUUCAGGGCUGGACCGGCUACCUCCAGCAGGUCCGUGACGAGAUGGAGAGCAUGGGUCCCCGCGCAGACUGGGAGACUUUCGUCGACUAG